AUGAUUGUUUAUUCCUUUUCCUUUUUGAUUUUCCUUUAUUUUUAUUUAUAUUUGAAUAUUAAAGAAAGUAUUAUAUUAGGAGAUUGUAAGAUUAUAUUAAGUAGGCCCUUUAAAGAAGAAAAGAAGAAAGAUAUAUAUAUUUUUUUUUUUAAUUCUGGAAAGUAUUUAUUAAAAAGAAAGAGAAGUACGUUUGAUUUGUUGCCUCUGCAUUCAAAUAAAAGUAGAAGAAUAAAUUUAUUUAUUAAUAAUGAUAAAAAAAAAAAAAUAAAAACCAAUAGUAGUAGUAGUAGUUAUAAUAAUAAUAAUAAUAGUAUAAAAAGAGAAUGUGGUGAACCAUUUUCUUCUUUUUAUUCAUAUGAGAAUAUAUUAACUGUACAUAAUAAUAAAAUAUUAAAAGAUCAGAAUAAUAAUUAUGUCUUGUUACAUUUAUGUAACAAAAUAAAAAAGAAGUAUAAAAAGGGAAAAAAUAAAAAAAGGGAAUAUUGUAAUCAUUAUAAGUUUAUGUAUUUAAACAGUAUAAAAAGAAAAGAUAUAUUUAUUAAGUUAAAUAAAAUUAAUAAUAAGAGCCAUUUUUAUAAAGAUAUACACAAAUCGAAUAAACGUAUUAACACAUUUAUAUAUUCUAGUUCACAGAACUUUCAUAAUUCUAAUUAUUCGUUGAAUGCUUUUAGUUUCAAGUCACUUUUUACAAAAAAUACAUACAAUAGGUCUUUUUCGAAUUUUUUGAAAUACACCACAAAAAAUAACUUAAAAGAGAAAAAGAACAUAAAAGAUUUCUUUUCUUUUAGUGUCAAGUUAGGGAAGGAUAAAAAUAUUAACUUGGAUAAUUUGAAGAAAGACUUCUAUAAAGACAUUAACACGAACAAUAGGAAUAACCAUAACAAGCAUAAUUAUAACAAACAUAAUAAUAACAAACAUAAUAAUAACAAACAUAAUAAUAACAAACAUAAUAAUAAUAAUUGUAGUAGUAAUUGUUUUUGUAUUAAUAUGGAUAUGAAUGAUAAACUAAAUAAUACAAAUAAUUGGAGUAACAGUAAUAACCAUAAAGAUGAUAAUAUUAAAAAUACAAACUGUUCAACAAAUCAUGAAGGACAAAAAAAAUAUAUGAGUGCAGAAGAAGUCAGAAAUAAUUUUAUUAAUUAUUUUUAUAAAAAGAAUCAUACUAUUAUUGAAAGUUCAUCUGUUGUGCCAUAUAAUGAUAAUACUUUAUUAUUUACUAAUGCUGGGAUGAAUCAGUUUAAAAAGAUUUUUUUAGGUAAUGUUGACAAGAAUAGUGAUUUGGGAAAAUUAAAAAGAGCGGUAGAUACACAAAAAUGUAUAAGAGCAGGAGGUAAACAUAACGAUUUGGAUGAUGUUGGAAAAGAUGUAUAUCAUCAUACAUUUUUUGAGAUGUUAGGAAAUUGGAGUUUUGGUGAUUAUUUUAAAGAAGAAAGUAUAUCGUUUGCAUGGGAUUUAUUAACUAAUGUGUAUAAAAUAAACCCUGAUAGAUUAUAUGUUACGUACUUUGGUGGAGAUGAAAAUUUAUCUACUUGUCCAGCAGAUCAUGAAACCAAAAAAAUUUGGAUGAAAUAUAUUACUGAAGAUCGUAUAUUACCAUUUGGUUUAAAAGAGAAUUUUUGGGAAAUGGCAGAAACAGGUCCUUGUGGGCCAUGUUCAGAAAUACACUAUGAUCGUAUAGGUAAUAGAGAUGCAUCUAGUUUAGUUAAUAAAGAUGAUCCGAGUGUUCUUGAAAUAUGGAAUAUUGUAUUUAUGCAGUAUAAUAAAGAUGAAAAUAAAAAUAUGAAUAAGUUACCAUUUCCAUGUAUCGAUACAGGUAUGGGUUUAGAACGUAUUACAUCUAUUUUACAAAAUGUGGAUAGUAAUUAUGAUACUGAUCUUUUUCAACCCAUAUUUAAACAAAUUAAAGAAUUGUUUCCAUAUUUGCCUAAUUAUGAAGGGAAAAUUAAUGAGCAAGAUGUUGAUAAAAUUGAUACGGCCUAUCGAGUUAUUAGUGAUCAUAUAAGAUGUGUAACCGUUGCUAUUAGUGAUGGAUGCUUACCAAGUAAUGAAGGUAGAAAUUAUGUUAUAAGACGAAUAAUUAGAAGAGCUAUUAGAUUUGGUAAACAAGUUUUUAAUAUUAAAAGUAAUGUUUUAUGGUUUUAUAAACUAGUAGAUUCUGUUUGUUUUAUUUUGGGUAAUACAUUUAAAGAUUUACAAAAUCCUGACAAAAUUAAUUUUAUUAAAAAUACAAUUAAACAAGAAGAAAUGGUAUUUAAUAAAACACUAGAAAAAGGAGUAGAACAAUUUCAUAAAAUUAUUAAGAAAAAUACAAAAAAUAAUAUUUUUAGUGGAAAAGAUGCUUUUGAUUUAUAUACUUCUUUUGGAUUCCCAAUAGAUUUAAUACAAAUCAUGUGUGAAGAAAAAUCUUUCAAUUUGGAUCUUCAAGAAUUUAAUGAUUUAUUUAAAAAACAUCAACUUGUAUCUGAUACUAAUAAUUUUAAAAUAAACAAAUUUUUUGAUAUCCCUGUCGAAAAAUCACAUGAAUUAAAGAAUGUUCAUAAUAUUAACCCAACAGUUGAUCAUUUCAAAUAUGAAUGGAAUAAUAAUUGUGCAAAUGAUGGUGCUGACAAUCAAGAUAUAAAAUUGGAAACGUAUGUUCAAGUUAUUUAUGAUGGAAAUAAUUUUUUAGAUAACUUUACAUUACCGUCUAAUAAUGACAAACAAGUUUUAGAAAAAGAGCAAUCCAUUGAGGAUAAAAAAAAAAAAUAUGCACUCAUAUUAAAAGAAACAAAUUUUUAUUACGAAAAUGGAGGGCAAAUAUACGAUACGGGUAUUAUCCAAAAUGAUAAUAUGAAAUUUCAAGUUUUAAAUGUUCAAAAAAUUAAUGAAUAUGUAUUACAUAUAGGUGUAUUUCUCAAAGGAUAUGUAAGUAAAAAUGAUAAGGUUCAAACCAUUGUUGAUUUUGAUAGAAGAAAAUUGGUUGCAUGUAAUCAUACGGCUACACAUAUGCUUAAUUUCAUGUUGAGAAAAGUAUUAACAGAAAAGUAUAUGAACAGUGGAAAAUCAUCUAAGACUCAUGAAGGAAAUAAUGAGAAGCAUGAAAUGAGUGAAAAUGACAUCAAUAGUAAUAAUUAUGAUAAUAACAAGGAGGAAAAGGGAUUUUCUAUUUUUACUUGUGAACAAAAAGGUUCCUUAGUAGAUGAUGAAAAAUUACGUUUCGAUUUUUCAUUUAUCGAAAAUAUUAACAUUGAUGCAAUUACUAAAAUUGAAAACGAAAUUAAUAAAUUGAUUAAGGAAGAAUUAAACGUUACUGUCAAAACGAUGGAUUUAGGUGAAAGCAAAAAAAUUAAAGGAAUCAGAGCAAUUUUUGAAGAAGAUUAUGCUGAUAAAGUUAAUGUCGUGUUUAUUAAUAAAGAUGUAAAUAAUAUAUUAAACAAUAUGAAUAUAGACUAUACAUAUCUACAUUCAAUUGAAUUAUGUGGUGGUACACAUAUUGGGAAUACAAAAUUAAUAAGAAAAUUCCUUGUUACAUCAGAAGAAAGUAUUGGAAAAGGAAUCUAUAGAAUUACUGCUGUUACCAAUAAAAAAGCUGAUGAAAUUGAAAAAACUUUUAAUGACUUAUAUGAUAAAUAUAAACAUGUUCUGCAAGAACCAAAUGAAAAUAAAUUAACAGAUGUUCAAAACUAUAAGAGAACAUUAAAAGAAAACAAAUUCUUACCAUAUAUUAAAAAAUAUCAUAUUUUACAAGAGUUAGAGCAAAUUGAAAAAAAUAUUGUUGAAAAAACGAAAAAUAUGCAAAAGGAACUAUUCAAUAAAGCAACAAAUAUAGGAAAGGACUAUGCAGUACAAGAUAAAAAUAACAUCUUAUUGGAUAUCAAAUUCUUUGAUGAAAUAAAGGGGAAUCAAAAGGUUUUGGAAAAGAUUGUUCAAUCAUAUUCAAAAAAUAACAAAAAUUUGAGUUAUUUCUUUAUUAUUUGUGAUGAAAAUAAUACCUAUUGUGUUUUGGAAGUCAAGGAGGCUUUGAAAAAUAAAAAUGUGCAAGCCGAUUUAUUUAUGAAGGAAAUUAUGAAAUCGGUUCUUGGACAUUCCGGAGGAAGUAAAAACAAGGCAUUUGGUUCAGUAGAGAAGAAUAAAGGAAUGGUUAUCAAGGAGCAUGCCGAAGAAAUGUUAAAAAAUAUUAACAAAUAA